CCCCGCAGCGGGCCGGGCUGGGCCGGGCUGGGCCGGGCGGAGCGGGGGAUGUAGCGCUCAGCACCGCGGACAGCGGCGGGGCCGGCCGCGGCCAUCCCCGGGGCCAUGGCUGGCGUGCAGCAGGGCGAGAAGCAGCUCUUCGAGAAGUUCUGGAGAGGCACCUUCAAAGCCGUGGCCACGCCGCGACCCGAGAGCAUCAUCGUGGCCAGUAUCACCGCCCGCAAGCCGCUGCCCAGCAGUGGGACGCUCAGCUGCCUGCCAUACCCCGCGGAGGACAGACGGCCCGAGAAGCUGAGCAGCUGCGUGGUCAGGGAGCCCACCAGCACCAAUGGCUGUGCCAAGGGGAGGGACAGACGGGACCAUGCCCACCGCAGGUCACGCAGCCCUUCGUGCGAUGUGGAGCGGCCACUGCCGGCUCGGGGGAAGAAGAAGAAAAAGAAAUCUGGCCGCAAGAAGCGAAGGAGGUCUCCCUCCUACAGCCCUUCACCUGUGAAGAAGAAGAAGAAGAAAAGCUCCAAGAAGCGAAAAAGAAACAGGUUAUCGUCAAAGAAGAGAAGGCACAGUUCUUCAAGCCCCAAAAGUAAGAGAAAGGAAGAAAGAAAACACAAAAAACACUCUCGUGGGCGCACCCGGAAAUCCCAUCGGCAUCGCCGCUGCCACUCUCGCUCAGAGAGCUCCGACUCCCACUCCCCCAGCUGCCGGAGCAGGCACAGAGCCAGGUCUCGAGAGGAAGGGCGUAAAACACGGCGAAGACGCUCCUGCCACCAUUCAAAGAUCACAGCAAAGAGAAGCUCCUCUCCAGAGGUUCAGGCCAGUCAAAAAGCCAGCCAAACCCUCCCACUCUACAGCUUCCUGUCUUCUAAGGAAGUAAUCUCUCAGUCAGGGUCUUCUGCUGACCUCUUUACCAAAACAGACAGCCCGCCUGGCAACCUAGCCAGCCAGAAUGGAGAGUAUCAUGAAUAUGACUCAGGAAACGAUACUUCCUCCCCUCCCUCCACUCAAACGAGCUCAUCCAGGUCAAAGGACAGCCAGGAGAAAAGAAGUCUAGUCCAUGAUGGCUUUGGCCAUGCCUUCUCGUCCGGGAAGCCCAAACUGGCCAACAGCGAUAACAGCUCUGAUUCAGGAAAUUCCUUCACCAGUUGCUUUUCCCAGACCAAGGGAACAGCUUUGGAAAAUCUGUCUCCAGAUGCCCAGGGACAAGACCGAAGAGCGUGCCUACCCUCAUGUCUCGGUUCCUCAGAGGAGAAGAAGCGAAUGUUCCUCCCCUCGCCAGCCCCCAGCUCCCCGCGCAGGCCGGGCUCCCGCAGCUCCUGCAGCAGCACCGGCCGAUCCUCCCCCGGCUCCAGCCGCUCCUCGCACCACAAGGCCUCGCCCAGAUACUCCCGAAGCAGGUCCUGCUCCUCGGGAAAGAGGUCUUCCUCACGUUCCCCCAGCUAUUCCUCCAAAUCCUGCAAAAAAAGUCCUGGGAGUAGAAGUUCAAGGCCUCGCCGGAGCCCCAGUUACUCCCGCUACAGCCGUAGCAGGGACCGCGAGCGGGAGCACAAGUACAGCUCCAGCGAGAAGGAGUCGCACCGGGAGCGGCAGCGGCGGCGCCGCUCCUAUUCCCCCCUGAGGAAACGCCGGAGAGACUCUCCCAGCCACCUCGAAGCUCGGCGCAUCACAAGUGCCCGCAAACGCCCCAUCCCCUACUACCGUCCCAGCCCGUCCUCCUCCAGCAGCGCCGGCAGCUAUUCCUCCUGGUACAGCAGCUCCAGCCGCUCCCCGAGCCGCAGCCGCAGCUACUGCAGCUACAGGACGAGCCGGAGCCGCAGCUGGAGCAGCAGCCGGAGCUCGGGCCCCCGGAGCAGCCGCAGCAGGAGCAGGAGCUGUGACUCAGGAGCCAGCUCCGACAGCCUGCGUCGCUAGGGAGUGCCACUGCUGGCUGACACCGGCUGCCGGCGUCACCGCCACAUUCCUGGCAUUCUCCGCUUCCUUCCCACCUACCUGGCCAUCGAUAGCAAUCAUCCCCGAUACUGACGUGGUGGCUUUGCCGGGUCCCCCUUCCCCGGUUCGGAGGAAGAGCCCUGGAGCGCCUGGUGCAGCCCCUCCGCCCCAGCGCGCAGCGGGUGGAUCAGCCCCAGCUCCCCAGGCCAGGCUGGAAGAAGGGUCGGUGCUUUAGAGAGGCUCUGUCACGACAGACCUGCUCCAUCCUCCCCAGUGCUCCCAUCUCCCCAUUGCUACUGCUCUCCAAAGCACUACCAGCGGGUCCAAAGGAAAGAAUUCUGCUCCUUCCUCUUCUGACAAACCAGGAACCAACAAAUUAACUUCUGCUCAAGAGACAGACCCAGCUGGGGAGGAGUUUGCUGGAAAGCUUCAGUGAUGGGGGAAUGGCUGUUCCCAUCAAGGCAAAUACCAGGUCCUUUGGGUCUCUCCUCCGGAGCUGCUGCCCACUCUGCAUAGAAAAUAUUUAUUUUUUGCCAGUCAGCCAGUCCCUGCUAUAAAUAGAAGGCUAGAAAUCCCUCCAAUGUACUUCCUGGGGAAAAAAAAAAAAAAGGCUGUUUGCUCUUUCUCCUGCCCUUUCCUAGCAGGCAGCAGCACCUUUUGCAGGGUUGUUUUAUCCCCCCAGCACUGAACUGCUUGCAAACCACCUGCUGAGGUCUGAAGCAGACCUGGGGCUGGUGAGGUACAAGGCAGAGGGGAGGUGGUGCCGUGCUGUGCUCCAAGAGCCAGGCCACACAUGGGAGACAGGGGCCAUGGGCUUCCCCUCUUGGAGGAAGCCUCAGGCAGGUUGGGUUUAGGUUCUUCUUCAGGGAGUGUUGCCCUCGGAGUGCCUUGCUGGUGGGACCAGAGGUGCAGAGAUUGCAGUUGUGGGGUGCAGUCAGAACACGCAGGGUUAAAAGGGCAUUGCAAGAGCCAGGGGACCCCAGUUCCCCUUCCUCAAAACAAUUUCAACAAUUUCAGGCAGGAUUCCAGGCCAUCAUUCCCCCUUGAGGCUCUGGCAGCCCUGGGGCAGGAUCAGCAGCACAGUUGCAGGGCCGGUGCCAGGCUGCAGCAGGAUGCACUGGAGCCCCAGUUUGUUACUGGGAGGCUGGAGCAGUGCAGGGGGACGGGAAGGGCCCCCCACUAAUUGCCUGUUUUUCCAGGGAGCUGCAGGCUGCCCUGGGCCCUGGGGUUUUGUCUCCCUGCCAGCCCAGCUGCCUGCGCAAUUACUGUGUUUUGCCGGGUAACAAAGGCUUCUCCCAGCACAGGCUGAGCUGGUGCUGAGGAGUUUAUUUCUCUUACAACACCUGGGUGCUUAGAGACGCUAAUUUGGGCUUAAGACUUCCCUCCCUCCCUUUUUCCAUCCCCUCCCCUUCCAUCCUGCAUGAUUAUUAACGAGUUUGGGCUUAAUGAGUCAGGGAGGUGUGUGUUGUUUAAGUGUUACAGAAUAGGGCUGAGUGCAGCCACCAUCUGCAGGAGGAGAGGGGGUAGAAAGGAAUGUAACCUACUACCCACACCCCAUCUAUAGAAUUACCUAUGGCCCCUGGCAGCUGGAAAAGGGACAAAGCAGCAAGGGGAGGAAGGCUGAGUGCCAUGAGCUGCUGUGGUGGAUGAUCACCUCAGCAAGCCUAUAAAUCUGUUAUCUGUUGGAAAGUACAGCAGUGCAGGCAGGGAUUCCAUCUGGGUGGUACAGGAGGAAGUUUUAUGUCAGGGACCUCUUUCCCAGGAUCUUUGCUGGUGCUGGACCCCCUUGUCCUGUGCCUUCAAUGGCCAAAGCUCCCCUUUUUCCUUGCCCUUCAUCCCCCACCUUGCUUGCUGCAGGCAAUGUGAGGAUGAGGGGGCUGAGGCAGAGAGCUGGGCACUGGUAUGGCUGCUGGCUUAGUGGGGAUGGGUCCAUCUUCUGGGGAGACCCUUUCUAGGAUACAGAGAGAAGCACUCCUGGUAGGGCUGAGCAAACACUCCAGGGCUGUGGUUGAGGUAUCAAAGACAGGAUGCCACUGCCUUCCCUCCUGUGCUAGCCCCAGCAGCGGCCCCUUGGCCACCUUCUGCAGUGAACUCCCUCUCAAAAGGGCUGAAAACCUCAUGCUUUUCCCCCAAAGAGUCUCUCCCAAUUUAAUGCUAAAAUGCCCCAUCCUUCUGCUCCCUGGGAAGAUCCAAAGGCAGUGAUGGGAACCCAGAGCUCCCCAGCCCUAGAAGCAUUUCAGGAGCAGCCUCCUGCCCCUUGGCACCCCAUAACACACAUGUGGAGCUGCAGCAAGGAAGCAGCGAGCCCGAAGAUCCAAAACUAGGAAAGGAAAGAAGAGGGGCUUUGUGCAACUGGUGUAAAUACCAAACUCACACUGACUGGAGUCCUCGUGGCUGGGGACAGAUGAUUGGAAGCACCACACCAGGGUUGGAAGCAUCAGGAGAUGACCCCAAGGGUUGUGUGGGGCUGACGGCAGCUCCUGCACUCGUCCAGCUGAUCCCUGCAUCAAGGACUGCCUCUGCCUGUACAGUCCGUGGCAGCUAAAUGCUCCUGGGGUUUCCCAAGCAGACUUGCAUUGGAGUAAACCUCUCUAAAAUAUUUAUUUAUUUAUUUAUUUAAUAUUAUUAUUAUUCUAUUUUUAAUUGUAUGUCAGAAUGGACCAGUAUUUAUUUAUUCUAUUUUUUUUUUCUAACGUUAAGUUAUUUUUUGAUCUGUUUGUUUGUUCAAAUGUAUCCAUGCCGCCGGUCUCGUGUAAAGGUUUACAGCUCUGGCCCCUCUCAGUGAGGUGGCCGGAGGAGUGACAGUCACUCCUGCUGCCACCGUGUCCUCUGCGCUCUCCGGGGCAGAGCUGCGCUUUUCCGCGCUGGAAUCUCGACUUUCUCAUUAGAUUUGUGCAGGAACGUGAUGGGUGUGACCACAGAAACGGGUCUAGGACGGGUCGGAGGUGCCGGCGAGGGUCUGCCGUGAUUAUCCCUGUGCGCUGACCCACCCAUGGGAAAACAAAAGAGAUGUGAGAAAGAGAUCCCUGCGGAAUCCUUGCAAAAUCCAGCCUCUGGUGACGGAUCUGAUCAAGGCUGUGUGUGUAUGUAUGUGCACAUGUGCAUAUACAUGUGAGUUUCCCUUGGUGUUAUUUAUUUUUUAACUUAUUUAAUAUUUUUAGUACAAGCUUUAGUACACCCUUCCUGUUAGUGGACAGAUGAGGUUUCUGUGGGUUUGUGUGAAGCUGUGAGUUUUUCUGUCUCUGUGCCUUUUGCCAGUGCUUUUUAAAUUUUUUUUUUUCCCUCUCAUUCACUGCUUUUAUGGAUUUUUGCUCUGCAUCCAACACCUCAGAUUGCUGCAGGUGCUCUCUGCAAAGAGCAGGUUCACCUGGAGGAAAGGCAGCUUGGUCGUUUUGGUGUUGGUGAAUCUCUGCUGUGAUCAGACACACAAGGGGUGUUCAGGGCUGGAUAUUAUCAUCAGGAUAAUAUCUUGGCUGUUUUUUGAAAGCCCUGUCUCGCACUCGAAGGCUCUUUCCCACCCAUGAUUUUGAAUCAUCCCACAAAGCACCCCUGCUGCCUUUCCCAGCAGAGCACGUCACAGCACUCACUCCAAAUGUCUCCUUGACCCUGGAGUCAUCAACUCUCCCCAUUCACUGGACCUGCCUUGCCUCUGGGUUUGUCCCCCCAAGGGAGGCUUGUCCCACCUCUCCCAACCCCAUGCUCCAGAAAAUCCAACACCAUUUCUGCAGCCUUGCUGGGAAGCAAAGAUAAGGGAUGUUUCAAAGCACUGUUCUGUUCUUUCUUCAUUGGUUGCAGCACUCGGCUGAGCUUUGCUAUAUGUUAACUGCAAUUUUCUCAAUGUUUUUGUUGUUUUGGGGACUGAAUUUGUACCAAACUUGUCUGCAACAGCCAAUCACUGUUAUUUUGCUAUGCAUUGUACAUAUAUCGAACAGGCUGAGGGGACUUGGCCUCUAUUUAAUAUUUAUUUCUUCUAUUUAUUGAGCAUUACUUUAAAAAAAGCUAUUUGGGUCAUGCUGUUGGGUCCAUGAAGGCAGGAGCCUUUGAAGUGUUGCCAGAUAUGUUGGACAGAGGAAGGCAAAUUUGGCUCAUUUGGACCUCCCCACCAGUAUUUAGAGAGGAACCUCAUUGUGAUGGAGAUGGGCAAGGCAGGGGAAAACUCUCCAUCUCCUUGAACCAGCUUCUGGUGACAGAUCACAUCCCCCUGGAAAGGAGUGGGGAAUUCAGAGGUGAUGGGCCAGUUCUGGUGGAGGAAUAACCCUGCUCCUCUUCCUCUGCCACGUGGCAUAGAGCUGCCAUCACCAAAAAAUCCCUGGAGUUCUCUGAUCUCCUACUGCUGGUCCCCUCUCCCCUCUGGGUAGGGGACACUUGUCACCCUUUGCAUCAGUGAUGAGGAAGGGAAUAGGAUGGAAGUGACUGGCCGUGGUCUCCACCAGGAAGCAAGGAUGUCCACCCUGCCCCAUCCUGAGACCCUUGUGCCAUGUCCUGCUUUGCCCCCUCCCCAGGCUUUGUGCCAGUAGCUUUUCCCUGAUGUGAGCUCAGUAGGUAGCACAAGCAGAGCUUGCUGCAGGCAUCACCCCCAGCCUUGAGAAGAGCAUGAGAUGUGCUAAAAAUCCCACCCUGCCCCAGCAUCGCUCCACCAUGGCCACAGCCACUGCUCUGCCCACUUCGGGGGAGGUGUUUGUGCUCCUGGGGCAGAGCUGCCUGUGCUGGGGGAGUGUGGACACAGCUCCAGCAUCAGCAGCGCUGGGCUGUUCCCACAGAGCUGGCCCAGAGCUGCUGGGUGCUCAGCCUCGGGCUUUUGGGGUAUUGGUUUGAGAAAGGGACAGGUUCAGGUGCCCUUCAGUGUGCAGUGGGGUUUUAUUACCUCUUCACCAGAGAAUAAAUAAUUCUCAUGACUUCGCUGCUACCUGGCAGUUUGCAUAUGACUGGGAGGGUCUCCAAAGCAACAGUGUCACAGUGAAGCACCCCAGCUUUUGGGCUAUUGCCUAGAGAACAACACCCUCGGCAGCCCAGGGCAGCUCUCCACCUUUGAAACCCAGGGAGUGAGCAGGAGAUGUAGAACAAAAGCCAAGACACGAGAAAAGCCACGAGGGAAAUGGUGUCUCUGUUCUCUGCCUGUUGGUUGAUUCCACCCCCAACGACACCGGCACAUCUGUUUGUUUGAGUUCAUUGUAAAGCUCCCCUUGCUCUCCAUCCACAUGUGUUCUGUACCUUUAGUCUUCCUGGGUGUUUGAGUUGUUAGCCUGGUUAGAAAAAGGUUCCAAUAAAGGUUCGGACAGUA